GGUGAUGUCGCGGAAUGGAGGGCUGUCGGAGAAUUGGCCGUCAUGGUCGUGGACAGGAUUUGCGGCGAUUGGCCAGAGCUUCAGCGAGCUUCCAAUGUCCUUGCGUUAAGUCCGACGCCAGCGAUAAUUUUCUGGGACGCGCGGGUGCAGCGUCGCGUUGGCGUGUUGCGGUGCAGGACAAGCCACAGCAACGUGCCAGCCGUCAACCCGACCCAUAGAGUGCCAGUGGUCAGCCCGACCCAUAGAGUGCCAGUGGUCGACCCGACCCAUAAAGUGCCAGCGGUCAACCACUGCAGAGUAACAGCGGUCAACCACUGCAGAGUGACAGCCGUCAACCACUGCAGAGAGACAGCCGUCAACCACUGCAGAGUGACAGCGGUCAACCACCGCAGAGUGGCAGCCGUCAACGACCCUCACUCGGCAGCAUGCGCCCUGCUCUGCGACAGGCCAGGACGCUGCUGAACCACGAUGCGCGGCAGGCCGCGAUCCCGACGUUCCUCUGUCCAGCGCUGCUGAGACCUGCCAGCCAGCCGCCUCGCCGCCCUGCAAGGCCUGCACAGCGCUUCUCAACAUUCGGGCGAGCGCAACAGGAGGCCCCGACACCCGUCCACUCCCCCGAGACCAUCGAGCGCGCGCCCCUCGAUGCGAAUGCGCCCCCGAACAGCACGCGGCCGGCGCAGAGGUCGCUGCCCAGGGCGUGUCCUGGAUGUGGAGCGCCGUCGCAGCUGUACGACAAGGCCGAGGCGGGCUUCUACAACGUCGACAGGGGCGCGGUGCGGGCGUACCUGGCCUGGGACCCCGCCAGAGUCCGGGAAGCCAGAGUCCAAGCCACGCAGGAAGACGACGUCUACUCGAGAGCGCUAAAGGACGCCGACCCCGCCCUUCUGGAAGAGCUGGGCGUGCUGGACGCGCCGGACGCGCCCACUGUCGCCGAGGCGCCGUCGCCAGACACGCCCGUCUGCGACCGCUGCCACAACCUGGUCCACCACAGCGUCGGCACGCCAAUCCACCACCCCACCGUCGAGUCGAUCCAGGCCACGCUGUCCGAGUCGCCCCACCGCCGCAACCACAUCUACCACGUCGUCGACGCCGCCGACUUCCCGCUCUCCAUCAUCCCCAAUCUCCAGUCCUCGCUGCGCAUCCCCAAACUGCGCACGCAGAACCGGCGCGCCAAGCACAAGGGGUGGGUGGCCAACGACCGCAUCGCCGAAGUCAGCUUCAUCGUCACGCGGGCCGAUCUGCUGGCGCCGAAGAAAGAGCAGGUCGACACGCUCAUGCCCUACGUCACAGAGGUGCUGCGCGACGCGCUGGGCCGCGACAACAGCAAGGCCCGUCUGGGGAACGUGCGGCUCGUCAGCGCAAAGCGCGGCUGGUGGACAAAGGAAGUGAAGGAGGACAUUUGGGACCGCGGCGGCGCAGGCUGGAUGGUCGGCAAAGUCAACGUGGGCAAGUCUCAUCUGUUCGAGGCCGUCUUCCCCAAGGGCCGCGGCGCAGACUACCAGGACGUGCGCACGAUCCGCAGCGCCGCCGAGCGCGAGGCCAUGAUGAGCGCCGCGCAGUCGGUCCAAGACGUCGCGCGCGUGCAGAAGCAGCUCGCAGACGACGACGCCGAGACGGAACGCUACAACAAGCGCCCAAGCCAGCACCUCCACCAGCCGCCCCGAGCCCUCGAGCGGGACGCCGAGGAAGAGGAAGACGAGGAAGAGGACCCAGACGCCCUCCUCCCUCCCCCGCAGCCGUACACGCCCUACCCCGUCCUCCCCAUCGCGUCCUCCCUCCCCGGCACAACCGCCUCGCCCAUCCGCAUCCCGUUUGGCAAGAACCGCGGCGAGCUCGUCGACCUGCCCGGUCUGGCGCGCACGUGGCCCGGCCUGGAGACGUUUGUGCAGCCCGCCCACCACCAGGACCUGGUCAUGACCUCGCGCCUCAACGCCGAGCGCCUGUCGCUCAAGCCCGGCCAGAGCCUGAUCCUCGGCGGCGGCCUGCUCCGCAUCACCCCGGUCACACAAGACACCGUCUUCCUGGUCCACGCCUUUGUCCCCCUCCACGCACACGUCACGCGCACCGAGAAAGCAGCCGCGUACCAGACACAAACCUCGGACCGCCAGCUGCAGGUGCCGCCCAUCCUAGCCCCCAACGUAGGCGACAAGAUGGCCUCGGCCGGCCGCUUCGCACUUUGCUUCGACGCGACCAAGAAACUCGCCGGCCCGCUGACCAGCCCCGUCGCCGCCAAAAUGAAACCCGAAAACCUCCCCUUCCGCGUCUGGAGCAUCGACGUCCUGCUCGAGGGCGUCGGCUGGCUCGAGGUCAGCGCCCAGACGCGCCGCCCGCAGGGCUGGUCGCCACCGGGGAUGCGCAAGAAGGAUCCGAAUCACGCGCGGCAUGCGCGCGAGGCGCGCAUGCGCGAGGAAAAAGAAUACAAGGACCGGAAAUUCGCUGCCAUUGCUGCCGCCGAGCAGCAGGCAGGCGGCGGUGUCGAGGACGCGCUGUCGCGCGCGUUUGCGCCGACGCCGACGCAGAUGCAGACGCAGACGCAGACGCCGACGCCGACACAAACGCCGACGCCGACGCAGACGCAGGAGCAUGGCGACGCCAUGGCGGACUGGCAGGACGCAUAUCCCGAGAUCGAGGUCUUCUCGCCGCUGGGCCGGUUCGUCGGCGUGCGGCGGCCCAUGUGCGCGUCUGUCGUCAUGGGGCCGAAGCAGGUCAGCAGCCGCGAGAGGGUUGCGCGCCCGCGCCGCAGCAUGAGGAGCGUUAAGCGGCAGCGGAAGCCUGGGGGUGGGGAGUAGUGUUGCGGGGAGAGAGAAUGGGGUGCUGCGGGGAGAGAGAAUGGGGUGCUGUGUGCUGUGUGACGGCGUUACAGGUGUUUCUCGUAGCAUAGCGAGGGCGUGGACUGUAGAGUGUAAAUUAGAUGGGACUGUAAUGUAUGUAUGUAUACAUGGCUUCAUACGCCACCGCUUGGUGGCUAACGCCGUACUCCAUGCCGCCCACUUCCUCGGCCGCGCAAUCGCCCCAUGUCCCGUGUCAGAUGCGCACAAGCAAGCUACUCCCGCGAUGCUGAUCGGCGAAUCGAACUGUCCGUCAAGAUCAGCGGUAUUCCCUCACUUCACACAACAGCCUCUCUUGUCCUCUUCGCCGCCGAGCAUGCUGCGCGUCUAGGCGUACUCCUGCUUCUUCCGCUCUAGCACCUCGAAGAACGGCUUCUGUUCCUCCGCACAGCUCCGCCCUUC